UGAUUAAUUUUGAUUUGUUUUGAUUUUGGGAUACAGCCCGUCGAUUUUCUGUUAAUAUUCAAAAUAUAUUUGAUUAUUAAUUAAUACGUGUGUUUUCUUAAUGGACUACUUUAAAUAAUACGUGUAAUAAUAUUACACUUAUAGUGUCACCCCGCGCCGGUUACUCAGAGUAAGAGAACAACAAUGUUGAGUAUACUCUACCUCAGUCGCUGCACAUUGCGGUCAGCACCAAGCAAGCUGCUAGCGGCCAGCAGCUGCAACAGUCGGCAGGCCUCCAGACAACUGAUCACAUACACACGACACUGCAAGAACAACACAGGCAUCACACAAGGGAAUAAGUUGAGCAGCCUAAUCAAGUCAAAUGGCAUAGUGGCCCGGUUCUGUUCGUCGUCCCCACAACCCAAGAACUCCAAAGCAGUGGGCUACUGGCUGCUGGGCUGCAGCGGCAUGGUGGUGACGGCGGUGGUGCUAGGCGGCGUGACUCGCCUGACGGAGUCGGGGCUGUCGAUGGUGACGUGGAAGCUGCUGGGCGAGCGCCUGCCGCGCGGCGAGGACGAGUGGCAGGCAGAGUUCCUGAAGUAUCAGCAGUACCCCGAAUAUAAGUACAAAAACUCCAACAUAACCUUGUCGGAGUUCAAGUGGAUUUGGUGGAUGGAGUACGCGCACCGCACGUGGGGCCGCGCCAUCGGGGCGGUGGUGUUCCUGCCCGCCGCCUUCUUCUGGCUGCGCGGCUACCUGGACAGAGGCAUGAAGAUACGCGUCGGCGUGUACUGCGCGCUCGUGGCGGCUCAGGGUCUGAUGGGUUGGUACAUGGUGAAGUCCGGACUAGAGGACCGGUUCCAAGGCCCGUCGGACGUGCCGCGCGUGUCGCAGUACCGGCUGGCGGCGCACCUCGCGCUGGCCUUCGUGCUGUACUCGGGGCUGCUGGCCGGCGCGCUGCGGGUGCUGCGCCCCUUCCCCGCGCGCGCCACCUUCGCACGGGUCAAGGAGCUGAGGAGUGUGACCGCCUUCGCGCACGGGGUUAAGGCGAUGGCGUUCUUCACUGCUGUGUCAGGUGCAUUCGUAGCCGGGCUGGACGCGGGGCUGGUAUACAACUCGUUCCCCAAGAUGGGCGACCACUGGGUACCGGACGACAUCCUGGCCUUCUCGCCCACUGCGCGCAACUUCACCGAGAACCCUACCACGGUGCAGUUCGACCACCGCGCGCUGGGCACGGCCACGCUGCUGGCCGCCACUGGCCUGUUGCUGGCGGCCAGGGGCAAGCCGCUGUCGCCGGUGGCCAGGCGAGUGGCGCACGGCGUGGGCGCCAUGGCUUGGAUACAGGUGGGGCUGGGCAUCCUGACGCUGCUGCACUACGUGCCCACGCCGCUGGCCGCCAGCCACCAGUCGGGCUCGCUGGCGCUGCUCACGCUGGCCAUCUGGCUCACGCACGAGAUCAAGCUGCUCAAGUACAUCCCCAAGUAACUAUAGCUCACGGGGAAGCUCCUGGCACCAACACUGGCACAAUAGGCUAGUUGACACUGAUUUUUAAAUGGUCUUAAAUAGUUCAUUAUUGUUCUACUAGACUAAUUAAUUUCUUUUUCAUAUUUUUUGAGACGUGAUUACAUGAGAAUGUUAGUUUUUAAAUGUUUUUGACAAUACGAACCGAAACGCCCGUCGGCCAUGACAGUCUAUAUUUCAACUGUUGUAUGACGUCACUACAAUAAAUUUCAUACAGAUGGAGCGUUCGACAACAAUAUUAGUUACCAAUUUCGACGUUUAGUACAUCAAGUGUGUUAGUGACGUCACAAAAUGGACGUCAGCGUUUUUGACGUUUGGAAAAUGGAAAAAAUACGUGAUAUUUAAAUUAAGAUUUAAAAGAAAUCAUAAACUUUUAUUAUUUAUUAUUACUUAUUCCAUGUACUACACAAAAUUAAUAUUGUUUAUAUUACAUUUGAUAUGAGUCAACUAGCCUAUUUCUUGAUAAUCAAAAAACACUCCCUCCGCUAGUAUUGUUCUCCAAAUAGCUGUAUCUGUCUGAUACUAGUCACUGCUAACAGAUAGACUCGAAUGUUCUUUGCUUCUCGAAUUAUAAAUAACUUUGAAUUGAAUUCCUAAGGUCGAACAAUAUAAAUGUAAUAGUAGGUUUUCUUUCCUCCAGGAAAGGAAACUCAAUAUUGUAUUUGAGGCAGAUGUACUGUGUUGAAAAGUUUACUUUUUAACUUUGUAUAUCUGUUACCGUUAAAUUGUAAAAUUCGUUAGUUUAUAAUCUCACUCGCGAUAUUGUAAUCUGUCGAUAUAUUGCGAACUGAACUGAUUACAGUUUAACGUGUUAUUUUUUGGUAUAUUAUAAUCUAUCGAAAUGAAACCGUUAAAUUGCAAUCUUCAAAUGGCAACUGUCCGAACUUGCCCCUGAUUGGCCGGCCUUACAAUAGACCGUUCUGUGUCCAUAGAGUUAGGAAUGAAAUACAUAUGCCAGUCAAAUACUAUGACAUAUCUACUCUUAAAUAUUUUAGUGAUCGUUAAUUACAAGGAUGUUUAAGCAACGUCCCUCUUCAAACAAAGAGUCCAAAAAACCUACUUGUAAGAUAUUUAAAUUGUGCUAAAUUGAGUGCCAGGAGCAUUGUCGUAAGGUGUAGGUAGUUAGUAAAAAAACUUCGUUCUAAGACUAAAGCACUUGAUUUUAGAACAAUUAAGCUAUGUUUUCUUGAGUUUAGCAGUUUAGAAAUAAAAAUGAAAUAAAGUUACAUAUGACGUCAUAGAAAAUUAAAUAUGGCGGAAAACAGUCAAGUAAACAGCGCAGAUGAAAACACAACCAGUCAACCAAAUAAAAACCUGUUUUUACAUACAUUAUAAUGUUGACACUGAUUGUUUUUGUAUAAUUAAAUAAUAAUUAUUUUAUAGCAUUUUGUUAUUGUUAUGAAGCUGCAGCGACAUGCAUUUUCAACGAAAGAGUAUUAAAUGACGUUGUAGUUUAGUUUGUAGUUUUAAGAUAAUAAAUAGAUUUGUUACAGACAA